UAACUGCACUUUUUACUACUGGUUAUAUUAUGACCUGUUUCAUGGAGAACGUGCUAAGUUGGUCGAACUUGCGGAUUUAUCAAAUGUCAACUUAUUUCCCGCGGGAGUGUUUGAAUUGUUUGUGAAACUGAAAGUAGCAGACUGCAGUGGAAUAAAAAAUAAAAGUAUUACGCGUGCUCUCUGAAAGUCAAAUGACUUAAAUAUAACCUUAAAAUAAAUCUAUAAAAUUUAAAAAAAGUACAAUGAGAUUACUGAGGACUUUUAUACUUCGAUGUAUUAAUAGAAAUGACCCUCCAUUAAUUAAAAAUUUAAUAAAAUCAAGUAAUCGAUGUAUUCAAACAACAAGUCGUUUAAGAAACGGAGAAUAUGAAUGGCAGGAUCCUAAAUCGCCAGAUGAAAUAGUUAAUGUUGUUUUUGUAGAUAAAGAUGAAAAAGAAAUAAAAAUUAAAGGCAAAGUUGGUGAUAAUGUUUUAUAUUUAGCACACCGAUAUAAUAUCGAGAUUGAAGGAGCUUGUGAAGCUUCGCUUGCAUGUUCGACAUGUCAUGUUUACGUUGAUCAUAAUUACUUAGAUAAAAUUCCAGAAGCGACUGAAAAGGAAGAAGAUUUAUUGGAUCUUGCUCCUUUUUUGAAAGAAAAUUCACGACUAGGUUGUCAAAUAAUUUUAAAAAAAGAACUCGAGGGAAUAAAACUAGAAUUACCGAAAGCUACGAGGAAUUUUUACGUCGAUGGUCAUACACCAGCCCCUCAUUAAAUUAUUAAGUAUUACUUGUUAAUUAUUUGUUAUAAAUAAAUUCAAAAAAAUGUAAAUAU